UCCAGCCCCUUUAAAUAGCCUGAUUGCAGCGCGCAUCCGUUUGUACUACACACACACACACACACACACGGUCUCAGCCGGAGAGGGGGUGGCAGCGACAGCCGCAGCCGCCAGGGCGAGGGACCCUUUCCCCUGCCCAGAGUGGCACUCCUGGGGCGGGGGCGGUGUGGGGUAGGGAUGGGGGCCCACGCCUACCGUUCCCUGCAGCUGAUGGCCGUCAGCGAGGGGGGCUGAGCGCAGGGGGCGUGCGCAGGGUCCGGCUUGGGGGGCUGCGGGCAUCUUCUUGGGGGGGGGGCAUCCUUCUUCUGAGCAUGGCACGGGACUGGGUCUCGCCGGAGCCGCCUGGCAGUCUCCUUCCAGCGCCGAUUCCGCCCAGUGGGGCCCGAGGGUCCCCCAAAGCUUCGCCGUUAGCAACCAAGGAGCUGGGCGUGAAGGUGAAAUGGCUGAACCGAAGUUACCAAGAAGAUCCAUAAUGAAACUGGAAUUUGAACUCAAGACUGCUAGGACAAAAGCCAAUGCCAUAUGUAUUGGACUACACUGGCUCUCACACUGAGCCCAGCCAUGGCUGGAGAUUCUAGAAUCUUCAUGAACCAGGACAUGGAAAUCAGUGUCACUCCAAGGAAGCUCAAAAAGAUUCCCAAACAAGUCCGAGAUGAUGUCCCGAUUGCCACCGAUCGAACACGCCUUUUGGCCGCAGAAAUCAAGAAGCCACGACAGCGCUACAUGCAAAAAACUGGCAAGUGCAACGUCCACCAUGGGAAUGUCCAGGAAACCUACCGCUAUCUUAGUGACCUUUUCACUACAUUGGUGGAUCUCAAAUGGCGUUUCAACCUUCUUGUGUUCACCAUGGUUUACACUAUCACUUGGUUGUUUUUUGGCUUCAUUUGGUGGCUCAUUGCUUACAUUCGUGGAGAUCUGGACCACGUAGGAGAAAAAGAUUGGAUCCCAUGUGUUGACAAUCUCAGUGGGUUUGUCUCAGCCUUUCUGUUUUCCAUUGAGACUGAAACCACCAUUGGAUACGGCCAUAGGGUUAUCACUGAAAAAUGCCCCGAGGGCAUCAUCUUGCUUUUGGUUCAGGCCAUCUUGGGAUCCAUAGUCAAUGCGUUCAUGGUAGGCUGCAUGUUUGUGAAGAUCAGCCAACCGAAGAAGAGGGCAGAGACCCUCAUGUUUUCCAGCAAUGCUGUGAUUUCCAUGAGGGACGAGAAACUGUGUCUUAUGUUCCGGGUUGGAGACUUACGGAAUUCCCAUAUUGUCGAGGCUUCCAUCAGGGCCAAGUUGAUCAAAUCCAAACAGACCAAAGAAGGGGAAUUCAUCCCUUUGAACCAAACUGACAUCAAUGUGGGCUUUGACACUGGGGAUGACCGUCUGUUUCUGGUGUCGCCACUCAUCAUCUCUCAUGAAAUCAACGAGAAGAGUCCCUUCUGGGAGAUGUCCCGUGCCCAGAUGGAGAAAGAAGAGUUUGAAAUCGUGGUGAUUUUGGAGGGGAUGGUAGAAGCAACUGGAAUGACUUGCCAGGCACGGAGUUCCUACAUGGACACAGAAGUGCUUUGGGGUCACCGUUUCACCCCCGUUCUGACCCUGGAGAAGGACUUUUACGAAGUGGACUACAACAGCUUCCACAGCACCUACGAAACCAAUACUCCGGUGUGCUGUGCCAAAGAACUGGCUGAAUCUUUACAGGAGGGACGUCUCCUUAGCCACCUCUCCAAUGUCAACCUUCUGAACGAAGCAGAAAAGGCCAAAGAGGAAGUCAAAGAAGAUCAGGAAGAAGAAAAGGAGGAGACAAAAGGUGAAGGCCAAGAGCCGGUUGAGUUGAAUGGAGCCAAUGGGACAGCGGGAGAGGUGAAAGACAGGGUGUCCUUAUAACCCAGAAGCUAGCCAAACUAUAGACAAUUCAAGUGCACCAAACAUGCAGGAGGCACAAGGGAGAGUGGGAAACCAAAGGCUAAUAAGAUGAUGCCUGCUGCCAAGUUGUUACUGGACACAGAGAGGUCCCUCCCGUUAUCUGGGCUCCUUCCCGGCCAACUGCAAAACAGAAGUAGCUACAGGGACUUAACUCACCAUUUUGAGAUCCAUGGACAAUAAGAAAUAGUGCUUGACGAUGAAUGUUGAGAUUUCACUGCUGGUUUCUCUUCAGGUGGUGGGAGGGUGUGCAUUUUUAAAGGAAUGUAGCUAGAGCAUGUCCCCAUGCUUCACGUGGUGGUACGCUAUGGACAAUGUCAUUGCUGAAUUAAAAGAGAGGAGGGGCGGGGGAGGGGAUGGGGAUGGGGACUGACUGUGCUCAGCCAAGCAUGUCUUGAAUGGACCACUACACUGGGUGGUUAUUUUUGCCUUGUGGAUCAUAUCCACUGUGACUCCAAUCCAGAGCGGCACGCUGGAUCUCAGUGCUGGAGAUAAAAUGGAUGCUUCCAAUGCUCCUUUAUUUUAUGGCUUCUAUAACAGAACCCCGCGAGGUUCGUUCUUCAGCUGAGUGAGGAGUUGCUCCCAAAUGGAUGGGCUUGAUUUUAUCUAAGAACUUUCCCACAUAGUAGGCUGCAGCCAACCCAUGCCUGCUCGCAAGGAUGCCUUCCGCAGGGAGCUGCAGCCCAGAAAUCUGGAUUUUGAUACUAAAGCUGUUAGGCGAAAUCCUCCUCCACCCUGUUUAUAUAGUACAUUUAAAACAUUGUGAAGGACUUUACAGUCCUUCUGUUGCACUGAUCAACAGUGUCUCCAUGGAGAUAUGUCAUUCUUCUUGCCAUUUUACAGGUGGGGGAAUUGAGGCAGGGGAAGACAUUAUGUAAGCCUAUUGAAUAAAAAUAGUGGCUGAGCAGGUAUUUGAA